UAGUCAAACUUUCGCGCAGGACGUGCCUGUGUCAGGGGGUGAACACUGUUAUCUCUCCUCCGCUGUCUCUCUAUGGGCGGUGACUUCAGCGGGAACUCAAGUGGCUGCAGUCGCAAUUAAGCCACCACGCCUGUUGCGCUCUAAUUUCCCUGAAUUGCAGUACUUAUACUACCCGUCCCCUGGAGCACAGGCUGUCUCCGGAGCUACUCGACCAGACAACUUCAUAUUCAUUGGAUGAUUUUUUUUUUUUUUUUUUUUUUUUUUUAAACUUUUAAUAUUUUAUUAUCGCGAGAGCGCACAUUACGAGCCUGCAGGGCCGACCCUGACCACUGUUCUCGGGCUGGGAGGUAAUAGUCCGGUCGACCAGUCGCACUUUUGCGCAAGAACUAUGGAGUACCUCAAGUUUUGUUUUGUGUUUUCAUGUUGGAUGAAGUUUGCAAAUUGUGUCUACUCUACUGAAACACCUCAACCUCCUGCGCCUAUUCCUAAAGAAAAAUUGCUCGUCCUCACUGUUGCCACAGAGGAAACAGAUGGCUUCCUCCGAUUUAUGCAGUCUGCAAACUAUUUCAAGUACAAUGUGAAGGUGCUGGGAAUGGGAGAAGCGUGGAAGGGUGGUGACGUGGGUCGCUCUAUCGGCGGAGGGCAAAAAGUCAGACUACUGAAGGAGGCCAUGGAGGCUCUGGCUGACCAGGAGGAUCUCAUUGUCCUUUCCGUGGACAGCUAUGAUCUUAUCUUUGCCGGAGGACCAGAGGAGAUUCUCAGGAAGUUCCAGCAAGCCAAUCACAAGGUGCUUUUUGCUGCAGAGGGACUGAUAUGGCCAGAUAAGCGACUAGCUGACAAGUACCCCUCAAUUCGCAGUGGCAAGCGCUACCUCAACUCUGGAGGUAUAAUCGGCUACGCCCCAUACGUCAACAGAGUUGUUUCACAGUGGAAUCUCCAUGACAACGAUGAUGACCAGCUCUUCUACACAAAAAUAUACUUGGAUCCUUUACAGCGACAAACUCUCAAUAUGACUUUGGACCACAAGUGCCAGAUUUUCCAGAACCUAAAUGGGGCUGUUGAUGAAGUGCUCCUCAAGUUUGGAACAGACAGAGUCAGAGUUAGAAACACAGUGUACGACUCCCUGCCAGUGGUAGUCCAUGGCAACGGAAACACCAAAAUGUACUUGAACUACUUGGCCAACUAUGUCCCUGAUACAUGGAACUAUGAACACGGCUGUGCGCACUGUGAUGACGAUGUUGUGGACUUGUCUCAGUUAAAGGAGUAUCCCAGUGUGUUGGUUGGAGUAUUCAUUGAGCAGCCAACUCCAUUCCUCCCUGAAUUCUUCCAGCGACUUCUCACCCUGGAUUAUCCCAAAGAUAAACUAAAUGUUUUCAUCCACAAUAAUGAGGUUUACCACGAGAAGCACAUCCAGAAGUUCUGGGAAGAGAACAGGAAUGCGUUCAACAGUUUCAAGGUUGUGGGUCCAGAAGAAAAUUUGAGCCAAGGAGAGGCCAGGAACAUGGGCAUGGAUCUUUGCCGUAAGGAUGCCACAUGCGACUACUACUUCAGCAUGGAUUCAGAUGUGAUGCUCACCAACAGACAGACACUGAAGCUCCUCAUCGAGCAGAACAGAAAAAUAAUUGGUCCCCUUGUCACUCGUCACGGCAAGCUGUGGUCCAACUUCUGGGGAGCCUUGAGUCUGGAUGGUUAUUACGCCCGCUCUGAAGAUUAUAUCGACAUUGUGCAGAGAAAGCGUGUGGGUGUGUGGAACAUUCCUUUCAUGGCACAUAUAUACCUUGUCAAGGGCAGUGCUUUGAGGAAUGAACUGAAAGAGAGGAACUACUUUGUGCUGGAGAAACUAGACCCAGAUAUGGCUUUUUGUAGAAAUGCCAGAGAAAUGACCAGUCACAGAGAAAAAGACUCCCCCUCUCCAGAAGCCUUCCAUAUGCUCAGGCCCCCGAAGGGAGUCUUCAUGUACAUAACAAACCGUCACGACUUUGGGAGGCUCAUUUCCACAGCCAAUUAUAACAUUUCUCAUUAUAACAAUGACUUGUGGCAGAUAUUUGAAAACCCUGUGGACUGGAAGGAGAAGUACAUCCACAAAAACUACACUCAGAUUUUCACUGAGAACUACUUGGAGGAGCCUUGUCCAGAUGUGUUCUGGUUCCCAGUCCUCACAGAGAAGGCCUGUGAUGAAAUAGUUGAGGAGAUGGAGCACUAUGGUUCAUGGUCCGGAGGCAAACAUGAGGACAAGCGGAUCGCCGGCGGCUACGAGACGGUGCCGACGGACGACAUUCAUAUGAAGCAAAUCGGCUAUGACAAAGAGUGGCUACACUUCAUCCGAGAGUUCAUAUCGCCCGUCACAUUAAAAGUUUUCUCUGGCUACUACACUAAGGGUUAUGCUUUAAUGAACUUUGUGGUAAAAUACACGCCGGAGAGGCAAGCGUACCUGAGGCCCCAUCACGACUCUUCCACCUUCACCAUCAACAUCGCCCUCAAUAACAAAGACACAGACUUUCAGGGCGGGGGCUGCCGUUUCCAUCGGUACAACUGCUCCAUAGAGUCACCGAGGAAAGGCUGGAGCUUCAUGCACCCAGGACGACUGACUCACCUCCACGAAGGCCUGCCCACCACCAAAGGAACGCGCUACAUCGCAGUGUCCUUCAUCGACCCUUGAACUAUCUGAUCAUACUGUUAGUCUUUUGACCAUGCUUUGCUUUUUUUUUUGGUCAUGUUUGUUUUGUUUCAUUUGGCGUUUUGUGUCCCAGAUGUUUUGCUGAUGCAGUUCUAUUUCAAAGCAAAAGCUUUAAAAGAUUAAAUGAUUGCAUUCAAGAAAUCUCUGUCAAACAGAGUGUAAGGUGGAGAGGAAAGUGACAGAACUAAUUCACACUUAAGAUGUACAAAUUAGAAAGAAAAAUUUGCUAGCAGGGAACACAAUGUGCCACACUCCCAUUUCCAUUGAAAACCAACAUCCUACUUGGAAUUACUGUACUGUACUGUAAGUUAUCACCAUAUCAUGAUUUUCACAAUACUGAUUUCACAUUGUCAUGGUAACUGUUAGUAUCACACACUGGUUUGCUAGCGAUUAGAUAAAGGAUGCUAGCAUGCAGAUGGCCGUUUUGUAUCAUUUUUGUUUCAGGUAGAAUGUCACUAAACGCCUAUAUACUGCCUCCAAAUCUAUGACUGGUGCUCAUCAACACUCCACGUUUCUACAUUCCAGAUUUAACUCCAUAUUUGGACGGUGUUUUCUACCCUGAAACGAUUCAGAUUUUCAAAUCAAGUUAGAUACGUGCCCAGUGAAAAAUAAGUCUAUUUUUUUUUUUUUUUUUUU